AUCCUGGCAGCGUGUUCUGCCGUGGGCAGCAGUGCCAGGAGUCAGGCCAGAUGGGAGGGAUUUGCUUGUGUUUUGCAGGUGAGGGAGGAGACAGAGGGUUAGCUUCUUCAUGUGCUGGCUUCUGUUUCUGAAAGGAAGGUACACCUGUGCAUUGGGUUGUGUUUCUCGGAGGGGGCUGUACGUGUGUUCUCUCUCAAAAAAGAAGGAGCAGCCAUGUCCGUACAGGUGGCUGCCCCUGGAGGCCUGGGGCUGGGCCCAGAGCGCCUGAGCCCCGAGGAGCUGGUGCGGCAGACACGGCAAGUUGUGCAGGGGCUGGAGGCCCUACGGGCAGAGCACCAUGGCCUGGCCGGGCACCUGGCGGAGGCCCUGGCAGGACAGGGCCCCGUGGCUGGCUUGGAGCUGCUGGAAGAAAAGCAGCAGGUGGUGAGCCACGCACUGGAGGCCAUCGAGCUGGGGCUGGGCGAGGCCCAGGUGCUGCUGGCCCUGUCCGCACACAUGGGCGCACUGGAGGCCGAGAAGCAGCGGCUGCGAGCACAGACCCGGCGGCUGGCCCAGGAGAACACAUGGCUGCGGGAGGAGCUGGAGGAGACGCAGCGGCGGCUGCGGGCCAGUGAGGAGGCCGUGGCCCAGCUGGAGGAGGAGAAGAGCCACCUGGAGUUCCUGGGGCAGCUGCGGCAGUACGACCCGCCUGCAGAGAGCCAGCCGCCUGAGUCCCCGCCUCGCCGAGACAGCCUGGCCUCCCUGUUCCCCAGUGAGGAGGAGAAAGGUCCUGAGGCAGCGGGGGCCGCGGCGGCCCAGCAGGGUGGCUACGAGAUCCCCGCCCGCCUUCGGACCCUGCACAACCUCGUGAUCCAGUAUGCAGGGCAAGGCCGCUAUGAGGUGGCUGUGCCACUGUGCCGCCAGGCCUUAGAGGACCUGGAGCGGAGCUCGGGCCACUGCCACCCUGACGUGGCCACCAUGCUCAACAUCCUGGCGCUAGUGUACCGGGACCAGAACAAGUACAAAGAGGCCACAGACCUGCUCCACGAUGCCCUGCAGAUCCGGGAGCAGACCCUGGGCCCCGAGCACCCGGCGGUGGCCGCCACCCUCAACAACCUGGCCGUCCUCUACGGGAAGCGGGGGCGUUACCGGGAGGCGGAGCCCCUGUGCCAGCGCGCCCUGGAGAUCCGUGAGAAGGUCCUGGGCGCCGACCACCCGGACGUGGCCAAGCAGCUCAACAACCUGGCCCUGCUCUGCCAGAACCAGGGCAAGUUCGAGGAGGUGGAGCGGCACUACGCCCGGGCCCUGAGCAUUUACGAGGCCCUGGGGGGGCCCCAGGACCCCAACGUGGCCAAGACCAAGAACAACCUGGCCUCAGCCUACCUGAAGCAGAACAAGUACCAGCAGGCGGAAGAGCUGUACAAAGAAAUCCUCCGCAGGGAGGACCUGCCCGCGCCCCUCGGAGCCCCAAAAACAGGCACAGCCGGGGGUGCAGAACAGCAGAGCCUUCGGAGGAGCAGUUCCUUCUCCAAGCUCCGGGAGUCCAUCCGGCGGGGAAGCGAGAAGCUGGUCUCCCGGCUCCGAGGGGAGGCGGCGGCAGGGGCAGCGGGGAUGAAGAGAGCCGUGUCCCUCAACGUGCUGAACGUGGAUGGGCCAAGGGCUACCGGGCUCCCGGUGAGGGGGGUCCCUGGGGCAAGGAGGGAGUGGGGAACCACGAGGACGGGCCCAGAGGCAAGGGAAGGGGGGGAUGGCACGGGAAGGGACCCCAGGACAGGGGCCUGGAUGGGUUAUCCAGGCAGAGGCGGGAGAGGUGGGGACAGGAGGAUGAGUGACACAGCCAGUGGCGGCCAGGCUGCCAGGGAGUAGCCCUAGUGGCAGCUGGAGCAGAGCUGGGUCCGGGCCUCACUCACCCACCUACCCCCCAUGCCUCUUUCCAGUUCUCCAGCCGGCACCUGAGUGAGGCUUCUCGGACCCUCAGCGCCAGCACCCAGGACCUUGGCCCUCAAUAAAGGCGACAAGACCACGCGGCCGCAGCAUCUCAGGAGGAAUGGGAGAGGGUGGGGAGGGAAGGGGAGCCUCCCACUGUCCUUCCUCCUGCCAUUAAAGGCUGUGGAUAUGGCAGCCAGAA